UCUCCCUUCUCCAUUCGGCGGCCGAACAGUACGGACGUGAGAGUGUUGUUAGCUCGUGCAGUGUAUUUUAAUAUUCCUAAAAGCACGAUUUCUAAUUGUGUUUUGUGUUUUCUUUAAUAAAAACAAAAAAGUAUAAUAAAUAAUGGCCGAUCAGGAGAACAAGGACUUCAGCGAAGAUAUCGCCGAUCAAAACUUCGAGCAGAACGGCGAAGCUGAGAACGGCGGCGGGGACGCCGCAGAAAAUGGCCAAGAAUCGCAGGAGGACAGGUCAAGCGGAGGUAACCAGGAUUCGUUGAAUGAUAGAAAAUUGUUUGUUGGUGGCUUAAGCUGGGAAACCACAGAUAAGGAAUUACGCGAUCACUUUGGCACGUACGGAGAUAUAGAGAGCAUUAAUGUGAAGACUGAUCCUAAUACGGGACGAUCACGAGGGUUUGCAUUCAUUGUUUUUGCAAAAGCCGAAUCCCUAGACAAGAUUAUGGCUGCUGGUGACCAUGUAAUCAAUAACAAAAAAGUUGAUCCUAAAAAAGCGAAAGCUAGACACGGUAAAAUUUUCGUUGGUGGCCUUUCAACAGAAUUGUCUGAUGAUGAUAUUAAGAAUUUCUUCUCGCAGUUUGGCACUAUUGUCGAGGUAGAGAUGCCAUUCGAUAAAACAAAGAACCAACGGAAAGGGUUCUGCUUCAUUACCUUCGAAUCUGAACAAGUAGUCAAUGAAUUACUGAAAACUCCUAAACAAACAAUCAAUGGUAAAGAGGUCGACGUGAAAAAAGCAACACCGAAGCCAGACGGUAUGGGAGGGAUGCGCGGCGGUGCUGGAGGACGAGGUGGUCGCGGCGGAAGAGGUGGCAGAGGACGUGGAUUUGGCGGUCAAGGUGGAUGGGGUCAAGGUGGCUACGGAGGCGGUUACGGUGGCGGUUACGGUCAAGGCUACGGCGGUGGAUAUGAUGGCUACGGAGGAGGCUACGAUUAUUACGGCGGUGGGUACGGCGGCUAUGGUGGUUACGACUACAGUGGAUACGACGGCUAUGGCUAUGGCGGUGGUAGUUACGAUGGUGGCUACAGUGGUGGGCGCGGUGGUGCACGCGGUAAAGGUUUCCUGACCUACAACAAAUCUCAUAACUCGUUAAAUCAUCAUUCCAUUAAACCACGCCUCUUUCAACAAGAAUUUCAACAACGCAGAUUACUGCCGCAAAAUAAUAAAAUGAAUCAUCAGGAGUCACGACAAAAACUGUAAUCGCUUUUCACAUUUUGCGUUUAGCAAUACAUUUGUAUUACCGAAAACAACAAAAGCAAAACAUAUAUACAUAUAUAUAUUAUAUAUGUAUAUAUAUAUAUACAUAUAGGUACACGAUGCUUUCUUCCAUCUCUCGUUAACCCUUUUUGUACAGUAUGAAAAAUACUUCAUAUGUCUCAUUGGUCUCGCAUUUCAUCUUAUUUAUCAUUAAUUUUUUUUACUAAUCGUACGUUACGCCAUUCAGCGUAAGGCACUGUCGUAUCGUAGUGCGUUUGUAAACACAUUGACGUUGUACGUAAACACUAUUAAUGCAGUACAAUGGUAGUAAUUACAAACGUAUGGAUGACUAAAUCGACGUUACAUGCCUUAUGAUGAACUAUUGUAACGUAAUAACAUAUUUGUGCAAAUAGGAAAGCAAAAGAUGAUGGAAAAUAAUUUAAAUACAGAUAUUAGGAAGAAUCAAGUUUUCUUAUUCACCGCUUGGGACUGUUGAAGAACAACUUCGUCCCUAUUUUUAACAAUAAGAUUAUUUUUAUUUGUCUAUAAAACUAAACUUAAUAAGAUGAAACCCACUAUAGAAGAGUAAGCAGGCAAUGUACUUUUUACACGGCUACGUUAAGACAAAAACGAGAAGUACCGAGUUGUUUAUAAUAAUUGUGGGAGGUAUGAAAUGAAGUAAAAAGAUUAUUGCUUCCUUAUUGGUAAGAAAAAUAGGAUAAAAUAAAUUCAUGUUGUGUACAUAAUAUAUCUCGCGUAUGUUUGUAUUUGUGUUAACCGAUCCUAAUAAUUUAAUUUUUUUUUAAAAUGAUAUAUACACAAUACUUCUUUAAAAUAUAGUGAUGAACGUCGAUAUACUAGAUUUAAAUAAGACUGACACGGAGGUUUAGUGAAUUUGUAUUGCAAACAAUAUUUUGCUGAUUCUACUACAGUACGUGCAUCGAGCUAGGUAUUUCAGUUUUUACUCUACACUCAAGGAUAACACAUGUACAUUAUAUUUAUAUAUCGACAAUUUCAUUCUAGGAAAAGAACAUCGUAAUAAGGUUUUUAAAGUAAAAGGAAAUAUUGUAUUUUUCUCAAAUUCAAAACUGUUCCAUGUCACAAAAGUAUUACAUUAAAAAAAUUAGAGAAGAAAGUGUUGCUUUUAAUUUCACAAUGGAAAUAUUAGUAAUAUAUCAAAUUUUAACAUAAAGAAACUAUUUUAGAAAAUUAGAUAAAUUAUACUUAUAUAAUUCCAAUUUUCAUAAAUUAAAAAAUUCUAAAUCUUUAUCCUUUUUAAUCAACAAUUUUUUACAGUUUAGUAUAUACAGUAUUGCAGAACUUUAUAGUGCAAUAAUUGUACAUUACGUUACUAAUUAAACAAAAUCAAUUUUCGUAUUUAGUGAUUUGUGCCAAGAGAAAAAUAUAAAACGAGUUUUGCAUGUGAUAUAUUCAAUUCUAUCCCUUUAAAGAAACAAAAAUAAUUAUACAUCCUAGACACAGCUUAUGUUUCGAUAUAAUCUAAUACUUCAACAUUUUAACAAUAUAUUUUUAAAUAUAUUAGAAAAUUUGCGGAUAGGUUAAAUAUAGACUAAAAUUGUAUAAAUUGUAAUAGAAAAUACGAAAUCAUCAAAUUAUAAAACUUCAUUCGUAAAAAAACAACGUUGGAGCUCAAUUUGUAUUAUAUAUAAAGGUUUGUGUUUCACAUUCUUAAAAAUCAUAUUCCAAAACAAUAUUCUAAUAAUGAAUGUUAACAACUUUUUAAAUUUGUAAUCUUUAUUGCAAGUACGGAAUAUACUUGUGGAUUUAAAUUUAAGUAUCAUGAGAACAAAAUCAGUGCAUAUAAUAAUUGCGCAAAUUAUGAACCUAAUGUUUAAAAUUUGUCAUUUUUAUUUCUUUACUAUGUUAUGCGUGUAAACCUAAAAAAAUAUCGAAAUAAAUGGAGAAAUUAGACUUCUAAUUGAA